AUGGGAAGCUUAAGUGCCCAGAGGACCACAGAAUACUGCUGUCUGCAGCUUUUCCCAGCAGAACCUCAAAUAGUUUCAUGCAGAGCACCUCUGUGGACACAAUUAAGAAUUAUUUUUCUUAUUGCCUGGGCAGCAACCAAUCAUUUUAGCACCUGGCUUGCUUCUAGCCUCAGCAUAUUUUAUUUGCUCAAGAUAGCCUUUCUCCAACCUAUUUUUAUUCACCUAAGGAGGAGAGAGAAGAGUGUCAUUUUAGUGUCAGGGGUCCCAAGCACCAAGGUCUACAUGAAGGCGUUGCAAGCUCUGGUCUCCAUUCUCUUGUUAUUUGCCAUGUCUUCUCCGUCUUUAAUUGUAUCUGUUGGCCUUCUAACAGAAUGCUGA